AUGGGCAAAUGUGGAGGAGACGAGGAUGUCGAUGCUAAGACCCAAACAACGGAGGGCAAGAAAUCCAGGCCAUUGGCCGCUGUCGAGAAGGCGAACCGUCGGGCCGGUGUGGUGUCUGUGGAGGUAAUCCCUACCAACGAGGCAUCCGAUGUUGGCGAGACCACUGCUGCCAUCGAGGAGAUUCAGCCCCUUGAGUCGAAUCUUGAGACCGAGACAGACGGUGACUCAUCUGGUACAGCAGACAUGGCCAAGAAAUUCAAGUCUUUCAUCAAUAGCAUUUUCGAUAAGUCCAGCAAUCGGAAAAGCCACGGCGUUAAACAAGAGGCCUCGUUGUGCAUUGUGUAUUCUCGUCCCUUGCUUAUACACAAAUGA